GCGGAAACAGCGCCCAACGGGCCUGGAGGUUGAUCAACUAGGAAAGAGUCAUCUUCCGCUGAAGUCCGUUUGCAAUGCUUGUUCUUUCUGGAAGCUCCUCCCUUUCCUCCUCAAAACGGGACGUCGUUCUCAAGAACAUCCAGGUGGCAUGUCCUCACAUCGCCUCCGUUGAUGCCGUUUACCUCCACCUCGUCGCAUGCCGAUCGCAAAUCACGGAGGGGGAACUAUCCAAACAAGACUCUCCUUCCCGUCAUAUCCUUGAUCGCCUCCUGGAGUAUGGCGACCACAUCGAGCUUCCCGGCACAAUCUCUGCCAUCCAUUCCCGGCAGAAUGUCAUCUUCGUAUUGCCUCGUCCCGGCUCAGUCUCUCCGUGGUCAAGCAAAGCGACGGAUAUCGCACGGAUUUGCAAGCUAGGCGAACAAGUCGAGCGUCUUGAGCGCGGGUUCGCCUACGUCUUCACCACCACGGACGGUUCGAGUGUCACCCCAGAGGUCGUAACCAGCAUAGCUCCUCUCAUUCACGAUCGCAUGACUCAAGUCGUUCAAACUUCCUUGCCGGAGUCCGAGGCCAUCUUCGAACACAAGGAAGCCAGCGCUCUCCGAACAAUCGAUCUGGUGUCCGACCUUGACGGCAAGACCGCCCGCGAAAAGCUCAUGGCUGCAAACAAGGAGCUCGGCCUCGCUCUCUCCCCGGACGAGAUUGAAUACCUUGUCGCCGCAUAUGUCACUGGGUCUGCGCCGAUCAACCGCAACCCCACCGAUGCCGAGCUCUUCAUGUUCGCGCAGGUCAACUCAGAGCACUGUCGUCACAAGAUCUUCAAUGCCUCUUGGACGAUCGAUGGACAGGCACCAGACACGUCUCUCUUCCAGAUGAUCCGCAACACUGAGAAGCUCAAUGGGGCCGGGACCAUCUCCGCAUACUCUGACAAUGCUGCCGUACUGGAGGGUCACAACGCACCUCGUUUCGCCGUGUCGUACACCGCGGAAAGCGACGCCAAUCCCGGAAUCAAGCACCUCUACCACGGCGAGGUCGAGGAAAUGGACAUCCUUGUCAAGGUUGAAACCCACAACCACCCAACCGCUGUCUCGCCAUACCCUGGUGCUGCUACGGGCUCCGGCGGCGAGAUUCGCGACGAGGGCGCUGUCGGACGCGGUUCGAAGCCCAAGGCCGGGCUGGCGGGCUUCACCGUCUCCAAUCUCCUCAUCCCCGGCUACGAGCAGCCUUGGGAGACAGACUUCGGACGACCUGCACACAUUGCGUCUGCGCUGGAUAUCAUGAUAGAUGGCCCGCUCGGCGCGAGCGCAUUCAAUAAUGAGUUUGGCCGCCCGGCCCUCGCAGGCUACUUCCGGACGUUCUCGGAGAGCGUCCCUCUCGCGGACGAGGGAAAGACGGAAGUGAGGGGAUACCACAAGCCUAUCAUGAUCGCUGGUGGCUUGGGCAAUGUCCGCCCGGCCUUUGCCCACAAGUCGAAGAUCUCCCCCGGCGCGAAGAUUAUUGUCCUCGGCGGCCCUGGACUGCUCAUCGGCCUUGGCGGAGGCGCCGCUAGCAGUCAGGUUUCUGGUGCGGGCUCUGCGGAGCUUGACUUCGCAAGCGUCCAGCGAGACAACGCCGAGAUGGAGAGGCGCUGCCAGCAAGUCAUCGACGCUUGCACCAACCUGGGUGACGCGAACCCCAUCCAGUCAAUCCACGACGUCGGCGCCGGUGGACUUUCGAACGCACUCCCCGAGCUAGUUCACGAUUCCGACUUGGGCGCGACGUUCGAGAUCCGAGACGUCCUCGUCGCGGACACGAGCAUGUCACCGAUGGAAAUCUGGUGCAAUGAGAGCCAAGAGCGCUACGUCCUGGCCAUCUCACCGGAGAAAGAGGAGCUGUUCCGCGGUCUGGCGGAACGCGAACGGUGUCCGUUCUCUGUCGUCGGCACCGCGCACGACUCUGACGAGCUGGUUGUGACCGACCGGCUGCUCAAGCAGGACGUCAUCCGCCUGAAGAUGUCGACGCUGUUCGGCAAGCCACCCCGCAUGCAUCGCACCGACAAGCGCGUCGCGCCUCCUUCCGUCGCAUUCAACGCGGACCUCUCCAGCUACCUGCCCGACCUCGACGAGGCCGCUCGGACUUCCACCGCAGUCGAGCGGGUCCUCCGCCUGCCCUCUGUCGGCUCCAAGUCCUUCCUGAUCACCAUCGGGGACCGCACGAUCACCGGCCUCGUCACCCGCGACCAGAUGGUAGGCCCCUGGCAGGUGCCCGUCGCCGACGUCGCCGUUACGCGUUCCUCGUACGGCUUCGACGUGGUGACUGGGGAGGCCAUGGCAAUGGGCGAGCGCACGCCGAUCGCCAUCCUGAACGCGGCCGCCUCUGCGCGCAUGGCGGUGGCCGAGUCGCUGACGAACCUCGCUACCGCGCACGUCGGCGAUCUCGGCCGCGUCAAGCUUAGCGCGAACUGGAUGUGCGCCGCGUCGAAGGAGGGCGAGGGCGCGGCGCUGUAUGACGCCGUGCAGGCGGUCGGGCUGGAGCUGUGCCCUGCUCUCGGCGUGGGCAUCCCUGUUGGGAAGGACUCGAUGUCGAUGUCGAUGAAGUGGCAGGAGGGCGCAGAGAAGCGCGAGGUCAGCUCGCCGCUCUCACUCAUCGUGACUGCGUUUGGUAGGGUGGAGGACGUCGGGAAGACGUGGACGCCGCAGCUCCGCACCGACGUGAGCGAGCCUACAUUACUGCUGUUCUUCGACCUGGCGUGUGGCAAGCAGCGACUAGGUGGCUCUGCGAUUGCGCAGGUGUUCAAGCAGGUCGGCUCGGAGGCGCCGGAUGUUGUGGAGGCUCAGGACGUCAAGGCGUUCUUUGUCGCGUCCCAGGCUAUCCGUCAAGAGCUGCCAGGGGCGGUCCUCGCCUACCACGACCGCUCGGAUGGCGGCCUGUUCACCACUCUCGUCGAAAUGGCGUUCGCGGGACGAACAGGUGUGGCGAUUGACUUGCAGCCCAUCACCUCCGACUCGGAGUUCGUAGCGGCGAUGUUCAACGAGGAGUUGGGCGCCGUCCUGCAAGUCCGCGAGGCCGAUGUCUCUCGCGUCACCGACUUCUUCACGCAACACGGCUUCCCCAAGUCGUCUGUCCACACCGUUGGUCAUCUGAACGCCGAUGAGAGCAUCCGCUUCACUGUCGGCUCCAAGGAGGUCUACAGCAGCACUCGAGCACACUUGCAGGCAACUUGGGCGGAGACGUCGUACCGCAUGCAAUCUCUCCGCGACGACCCCAAAGGCGCCGAGGAAGAGUUCGCGCUCAUCAAGUCCACCGACUUUAAGGGCAUCUACUACGACCUCAAGUUCACCCAUCAGCCAUCGCGGAGCCUCUUCCGCAGACCCAAGGUCGCCAUCCUGCGCGAGCAGGGCGUGAACGGGCAGGUCGAGAUGGCCUGGGCCUUCACCGCCGCAGGCUUCGACGCCGUCGACGUGCACAUGUCCGACAUCCUCCGCGGCGCAGUCGCGCUCGACUCCUUCCGCGGGUUCGCCGCCUGCGGCGGCUUCUCCUACGGCGACGUGCUCGGCGCCGGCAAGGGCUGGGCGAACUCCGUGCUGCUCAACGCGACCGCGCGCGCGGCCUUCGCCGCGUUCUUCGCGCGCGAGGACACGUUCGCGCUCGGGGUGUGCAACGGCUGCCAGUUCAUGAGCAGCCUGCGCGAGAUCAUCCCUGGGGCGGACGCGUGGCCCGCGUUCAAGCCGAACCGCUCCGAGCGCUUCGAGGGCCGCGUGUCCGUCGUCGAGGUCGUCCCCAACGAGGUCACCGCGCGCUCCGUCUUCCUGCGCGAUAUGGCGGGGUCGCGCCUGCCCGUCGCGGUCGCGCACGGGGAGGGCCGCGCGGCGUUCGCGGCGGACGGCCAACGCGCGGCGCUGGAGGGCGCGGGGCUCGUCGCGCUGCGUUACGUGGACUCGGCAGGCGCGCCGACGGAGGUGUACCCGCUGAAUCCGAACGGGAGCCCGGGCGGGAUUACCGGCGUGCAGACGCCGGACGGGCGCGUGCUCGCGCUCAUGCCGCACCCGGAGCGCGUCGUCGCGCUCGAGAGCAACAGCUGGUACCCGCCGGAGUUCGCGGAUGCGUGGAAGGGCACAGGGCCGUGGUUCCGGUUUUUCCAGAGUGCGAGGAAGUGGUGCGGGGAGUAGGUAGAUCGUUAGGGGUGGCUGGGUUGGUCGAAGGGAAGGUGAAAAAGAAUCUCGUUGCGUUCGAAGAGAAGUUUGUUACUCGUGUAUCGGUAUAAAGGGGAAAGUAGAUCCGUAGAAUCAAGAAUCAAUGUAUAGACGGCUGAA